AUGGAGGGUAACAAGCUCUACAUAAAUGAAGGAUUUAAGAUACCUCAUCUUGAGGCAAAAAGUGGAGGGAAUGGGGAGAGUGUCACGGAAAAUGUCAGUGAGGUGAGGAAUGUUGAAUCGAGCCUCGAAGUCGUUCUGGAACUUGGACUUCCAAUGAGGAUCGCUGAAGUCAAUCGCGGGAGCGAUCGGCGUAGGGGUCGUGUUCUCCGCAUGGACGCAAAUCUUCUUGCAAAGUCGGCUGAAGCUUGGCCUCAAACUCGGAAGAACCGGGCCGAGGAAUUGCGCUUAAGUUGGCGGCGAUGCAAGAAUUGUUUAUCUCACUGUUUGCAUCGUGCUCACAGUGGACAGGUUAAAAUCCAUAAUUUCUUCAGGGUUCUGAGAUUGAAGGCUUGUAAUCUUUCUGAAAAGAUAUUUGGAGUCCUUGAUGUGGAGAAAAAGGUUAUAAAUGACUAUGACUAUGAUUAUUUAUUUGCGCAAAAUGGUCUUGUGGCCUAUAAGGAUGGGAAGCUCAUUGGGACACAGAGCUUGAGAUCAUAUCUUGGAGAAGAAAAACUUAAGGGAUUUAUUAAUUUUGGGCUGCAUUACAUUGCUGACUUGGAUAUUGCAAUAAAGAUGUUUGUGAAGUGCAGGCACGGGUUGCAACUAUCCAUAUAUGUUAAGCUUCUGAGUCCGUUUCUUAUUCAACUUCUUCUUUAGUGGAACAUUUAUAGCGUUCCGAAGCGGGUUGCUCAAUGUAUCACCAAUUGGCCAAAACUGCAGCCAGGAAGAACGGGAUGAGUUUGAAAAAUAUGACAAGGGAGGAAAUGACCAUGAGAUAUACGAAUCAGAGCGAACCAUGGGGCACACAGUUACCAGCCCUGAGGAUACUGUAAAGCAGUGUACAGCUCUCUUCCUAAGCAAGCAGGUUUGAUGGUCCCUGUGGUUAUUUCAACUUUGUUGCCGUCAAUUAUUUUCCAUUUGUAAUUUAUAGAUAUAAGAAUGAUGGGUAGCAGAAAUAUCUGUUUGAAUCUGUAGUUCCCUUCGCAGGCUUCAUUUCUGUAUUCAAGUGACGGCUAUUUUCAUGUUGCCAGUGUUCAUUAGAAGUUCAAUUUGUUAUUUGAAUGAGAUCACAGAGAUUGAUAGGCAUUGCCAAUAUUUUUGUAUGAAAUAAGAAUCCAAUUAUUUGUGUUCAGCUUAUUAAAGCCCAAAUGUCAUUUGAGAUUUCUUUCAUA